AUGGCAGUCCCCAUUGAAGAAGCCAUUGCUGCUCUCUCCACAUUCUCAUUAGAGGAUGAUCAACCAGAGGUUCAAGGACCAGGGUUUUGGGUUUCAGUUGAAGGAGGCGCUACCAGUAGCCCAAUUGAGUAUAGCGAUGUGUCUGCAUAUCGGCUGUCUCUGUCUGAAGACACUAAAGCUAUUAAUCAGCUGGAUGCACUUAUUCAAGAAGGAAAGGAAAUCACAUCUGUGCUCUAUACAUAUCGGAGUUGUGUAAAAGCUCUUCCUCAGCUACCAGAUUCUAUGAAGCAAAGUCAGGCUGACUUAUAUCUAGAAACUUAUCAAGUUUUGGAUUUGGAAAUGAGCCGUCUGCGUGAAAUUCAGCGAUGGCAGGCAUCAGCAGCGUCUAAGUUGGCAGCUGAUAUGCAGCGUUUUUCAAGGCCUGAAAGACGAAUAAAUGGGCCCACUAUAACGCAUUUAUGGUCCAUGUUGAAAUUACUUGAUAUUCUUAUCCAACUUGAUCAUCUAAAAAAUGCGAAAGCUAGCAUACCCAAUGACUUUUCUUGGUAUAAGAGGACAUUUACUCAAGUCAGCGUGCAGUGGCAAGAUACUGAUUCAAUGAGGGAAGAGUUGGAUGAUUUACAAAUCUUUUUGAGCACAAGAUGGACAAUUCUGUUGAACUUGCAUGUUGAGAUGUUCCGUGUAAACAAUGUUGAAGACAUUCUUCAAAUUCUCAUUGUUUUCAUAGUUGAGUCAUUGGAAUUGAAUUUUGCCCUUUUGUUUCCGGAAAGGCACGUUCUACUUCGUGUUUUGCCAGUGCUAGUUGUCUUAGCAGCAUCAUCAGAAAAAGACAGCGAAUCAUUGUACAAAAGAGUGAAAAUCAACAGAUUGAUAAAUAUAUUUAAGAAUGAUCCCGUCAUUCCUGCUUUCCCAGAUUUGCAUCUGUCACCAGCAGCAAUUUUAAAGGAGUUGUCAACAUACUUCCCAAAGUUCUCUGCCCAAACUCGUCUUCUCACUCUCCCUUCAACUCAUGAGUUGCCUCCUCGUGAGGCACAAGAUUAUCAGCGUCAGUAUUUGAUUGUCAAUCAUAUUGUGGCAAUCCGUGCAGAGCAUGAUGACUUCACUAUACGCUUUGCUUCAGCCAUGAAUCAGCUUGUCCUGCUGAAAUCAAUAGAAGGUGCUGAUAUUGAAUGGGUGAAGGAGGUCAAAGGAAACAUGUAUGACAUGGUUGUUGAAGGUUUGCAGUUGUUAAGCAGAUGGACUGCACGUAUUUGGGAACAAUCUGCUUGGAAAUUUUCACGCCCAUGCAAGGAUCCUGUUCCAACAGAGUUGCAUGAACCAGCUGGAUCAUUUUCUGACUAUGAAAAGGUGGUUCGAUAUAAUUAUAGUGCUGAGGAAAGGAAAGCUCUGACUGAACUUGUAAGCUACAUCAAAAGUAUUGGAUCAAUGAUGCAGAAGGCUGACACAUUAGUUGUUGAUGCCUUAUGGGAGACUAUACACGCAGAGGUUCAAGAUUUUGUCCAAAAUACUUUGGCCACAAUGUUGAGAACUACCUUCCGAAAAAAGAAGGAUCUUUCCAGGAUUCUUUCUGACAUGAGGACACUUUCAGCAGAUUGGAUGGCAAAUACUAGCAGGCCUGAGUCUGAUGUUCACUCAUUCCAGCAUGCUGGUGAAGAAAGCAGAGGGAACUUCUUCUAUCCAAGGCCAGUAGCACCAACUGCCGCACAGGUACACUGUCUGCAAUUCCUCAUAUAUGAGGUGGUUUCAGGAGGAAAUAUGCGGAAGCCAGGUGGUCUUUUUGGAAACAGUGGUUCAGAGAUUCCUGUCAAUGACUUGAAACAGUUAGAGACAUUCUUUUACAAGCUUGGCUUUUUCCUUCAUGUACUGGACUACACAGUGACGCUUGGAGCUAUUACAGAUCUUGGUUUCUUAUGGUUCCGGGAAUUUUAUUUGGAAUCGUCCCGUGUUAUUCAGUUUCCUAUUGAAUGUUCCCUUCCAUGGAUGCUGGUGGAUUAUGUCAUCGAGUCACAAAAUGCAGGUCUUCUUGAGAGUAUUUUGAUGCCAUUUGACAUCUAUAAUGAUGCUGCUCAGCAAGCAUUAGUGGUCCUCAAGCAACGCUUCCUCUAUGAUGAAAUCGAAGCUGAGGUGGACAAUUGUUUUGAUAUAUUUGUCUCGAAGUUGUGCGACACUAUUUUCACAUAUUAUAAAAGUUGGGCUGCUAGUGAGCUACUUGAUCCAACAUUCCUUUUUGCCAUAGAUGCUGGAGAAAAAUUUUCUUUCCAGCCAAUGAAGUUCAAUUCUCUAUUAAAGAUCACUAGAGUGAAGCUUUUGGGAAGGACCAUCAACUUGAGGAGUUUGAUUGCUGAGAGGAUGAACAAAGUGUUUCGAGACAACAUUGAGUUUUUGUUCGAUCGUUUUGAAUCUCAAGAUAUGUGUGCCAUUGUGGAACUGGAAAAGCUUCUUGACAUCUUGCAAUAUGCUCAUGAAUUGUUGUCCAAAGACCUUGCACUAGAUUCUUUCAAUCUUAUGAUAAAUGAAAUGCAGGAGAAUAUAUCUCUCGUUUCAUAUUCUAGCCGGCUUGCUUCUCAGAUUUGGACAGAGAUGCAAAAUGACUUUUUGCCAAACUUUAUACUCUGCAAUACGACUCAGCGUUUUGUUAGAUCAUCAAGAGUUCCUUCUGCUCCUGUGCAGAAACCUUCUGUUCCAUAUGCAAAGCCAAACUUCUAUUGUGGUAACCCAGAUCUAAACUCUGCUUACCAGAGCUUUGCUCGAUUGUAUUGUGGAUUUUUUGGAAUCCCUCACAUGUAUUCCAUUGUGAAGCUUUUGGGGUCUAGAUCAUUGCCCUGGCUUAUCAGAGCCCUCUUGGAUCACGUGUCAAAUAAGAUAACUACAAUUGAGCCAAUGAUUAUUGGCUUACAAGAAGCUUUGCCGAAGUCUAUUGGAUUGCUUCCUUUCGAUGGAGGUGUGGCAGGUUGUAUGAGGAUUGUUAAGGAUCUACUCAACUGCUGGCAGUCAAAAUCUGAACUCAAAGCUGAGAUUCUUUGUGGAAUCAAAGAGAUUGGGAGCGUCCUGUACUGGAUGGGACUUCUCGAUAUUGUGUUGAGAGAAGUAGAUACCUGUCAUUUCAUGCAAACAGCCCCUUGGUUAGGCUUAAUCCCGGGCACAGAUGGGCAGAUACUGCAAUCUCAAGAAGGGGGAGAUAGCCCUAUGGUUAUGCUUUUUAAAUCAGCAACAGCUGCAACUGUGUCCACCCCUAGCUGCUUAAGCCCUACCUCAUUCAGCACGAUAUCGAAACAGGCAGAAGCUGCUGAUCUCUUGUAUAAGGCAAAUAUUAACACUGGAAGUGUUCUGGAAUAUGCCCUUGCUUUCACCAGUGCAGCUUUAGAUAAAUACUGUACUAAAUGGAGUGCAGCCCCAAAGACAGGAUUCAUUGAUAUCACAACUUCGAAGGACUUCUACCGAAUAUUUAGUGGCCUGCAAAUUGAAUACUUGGAGGAAUCCGUAUUAUUGCAAUCAAGCAGCCAUGAAAUGUUGGGCGAUUCGGUUGCCUGGGGUGGAUGCACAAUAAUCUACUUGCUUGGUCAGCAACUCCACUUCGAACUUUUUGAUUUUUCACAUCAAGUCCUCAAUGUUGCAGAGGUAGAAGCAGUUGCAAUCAUAUCACCGCAAAAAGGUCCUCCAUUUGUUCAGGGAUUGGAUAGCUUAUUAGAGGCUAUGAAGAAAGCAAGGAGAUUAAACAAUCAUGUAUUUUCAAUGUUGAAAGCUCGUUGCCCACUUGAAGACAAGCAAGCCUGUGCUAUCAAACAGAGUGGUGCACCACUGCAUCGUAUCAAAUUCGAGAACACUGUAUCUGCUUUUGAAACUCUGCCUCAAAAAGGUGCUUGAGAUUGAAUGCUUGGUUGCUCUAAAUUACAUAUUCCUGUGUAUAUCUUCUGUUUUUCUGCACUUCUCCAUAGAUGGCACAGCCUGAGGAUUGGUACACUUUGAUUUUGGGUCAGCUCAUUAAUUAGUUUCUGUGGCUUUCAAAACUUCUGUUGCAACCUCACCUAUUUUGUUAUAGAAGACAUAUUAGUGUUGUGCUUACUUUGAUGCCUUUGUCUCCAGUGGUAAUAGAAUGUUUACUAAUUUGAUACUCUCACCAAAAGGUUCGUUCAUGUGGGAUAUAUGCACCUCAAAUUUUAUGAAGGAUGGCAUUCCAUCUAAAUAUUUA